AUGACUUAUGAUAACAAAAAUUAAUUUAAAUAGGUGCUACAAUAUAGAACAUUCGAAGAAUUCUUAACAUCAAUUUGGAAUAUUUUUGGGAAUGAAAUUUAAUAAUUAUUAUUGAAUAUUCUUAGAGAAGGUUAAGGAUAUGAUAAAUAAGGUUCCUAUUUUUUAAGAAUUGGUACAAAUUUAUUUACAGAAUAGAAUUUAAAAAUAGAAAAAAAUCAUAAAUAACUUUGA